AUGGUUCGAUACGCAGCCACCCACCUCGAGCCCGCCAAAUCCGCCCGCGCCCGUGGCUCCUACCUCCGCACCUCCUUCAAGAACACCCGCGAAACCGCCCAAGCAAUCAAUGGCUGGAAGGUCACCCGUGCCGUCACGUUCCUCGAGAAUGUGAUGGAGAAGAAGGAGGCGGUGCCGAUGAGACGAUAUGCCGGGAGCACUGGCCGUACUGCCCAAGGCAAGCAGUUCGGCGUCAGCAAGGCUCGCUGGCCCGUCAAGUCCGCCGAGUUCCUCCUCAGUCUGCUCAAGAACGCCGAGGCCAACGCCGACACCAAGGGCCUGGACACCAGCAACUUGAUCGUCAAGCACAUCCAAGUCAACCAGGCGCCGAAGCAGCGGAGACGCACAUACCGUGCUCACGGCCGAAUCAACCCCUACAUGUCCAACCCAUGCCACAUCGAGCUCAUCCUUACCGAGGGCGAGGAGGUUGUGGCAAAGUCCGCCCAGGUUGCAGACCGUGACCAACAAAAGCAUCUGACCUCGAGGCAACGGGCGCAGCGCGUGCGUCGCGCCAUCACCAAUGCAUAG